UUUAAAGGCUGUCACUCUUAUCAUCCAUCCACUAUGGCCUCUCCAGCUCAACAGUUGCCUCCUGGAUGGGCUGCUCAAUGGGAUGAACCAAACCAACGAUAUCUCUUUAUAGAAACCGCGACAGGACAUACUCAAUGGGAACCUCCAGCUGCAAAUGCUCCUCAACAAGAUCCUGCAGCUUCAUUUGCCCCUUCUCAUCACUCGAAACGACGACAAUAUGCUGCUGGUCAGACUCAGGCGUAUUACGGAAGUGCGGAGGACCCGCAGAGUCAAUUUACUGCGCCACAACCAGGGAUGGCUGCACCACAGGGUGGUAGUCAAUUAUUUACGCCUGGCCUUGUAGGACAAGGGCAAUUCGCGAUGCAGCAAGGUCAACAGCAAGGUCAACAACCGCCUUAUUACGGCGACCAAAAUCAACCUCUCGCUCCGGACCAACAGUUUCAGCAGCAACCUCAGUAUGGACAGGCCGGGAUGAAUGCAUUGACUGACCAAUUUGGGCAAAUGGGCAUGGGCGGACAGAAACAGUUCCAACUCUACACUACCAACUUGCUUACAUCCCCCCCAGACCACCGCGAAUUACUCCGCCCACCUCCGGAAAUUCGACUCCCACCCAACUCGUGUAUAUCUCCCUCACCUUUAGCCAAUGCACACUGGUCUUAUCAGAGGUCGACUUUGAAUGCUGUUCCCACUACUUCGUCCCUUCUUAGCAAGGCCAAAAUUCCGCUUGCCCUUAUCCUCACGCCUUAUCGUACCCUCAAAGCCGACCACACAGCCCCGUUACCGCAUCCUCCUGCUGACCCCAAUAAUCCAGAUGCAACAUCGACGGUCAAUCCAGGUGAAGAUCCGGCAGUACCCCUCGUCACUGACACCGUAAUUGCGAGAUGUAGAAGAUGUCGCACGUACAUUAACCCGUACGUGCAAUUCAUUGAUGGAGGAAAUAGAUGGCGUUGUUGCAUGUGUAACAUGUCGAACGAAGUGCCCCAGAUGUUCGACUGGGAUCAAGCUAGAAACCAACCCGGCGAUCGAUGGCAACGCGCCGAACUGAACCAUGCUGUCGUUGAAUUCGUAGCACCCACCGAGUACAUGGUUCGGCCUCCCCAACCGGCGGUCUAUGUGUUCCUCAUCGAUGUAAGUCAUGCCGCUGUGCAGAGUGGAAUGGUAGCCACUGCCAGUCGUGCGAUUCUCGAGAACCUCGAUAGGAUUCCGGAUGAGGAAGCCCGUACCAAGGUCGCCAUUGUUGCUUUCGACACAUCCCUCUACUUCUUCUCGAUCACCCCAGGAACGACUGACUCAUCUAUGCUCGUCGUAUCCGACACAGAUGACGUCUUUCUUCCUAAACCAAAUGACCUUCUUGUCAACCUGGUCGAAUCCCGCGCCGGUCUCGAGACGCUGCUUGGUCGAAUCCCAGACAUGUUUGUUGAUAACGGGAUCGUUGGGUCUGCUUUAGGUCCUGCGUUGCAAGCGGGUUUCAAACUCAUGUCUCCAAUCGGUGGCAAGAUUAUCGUGUUGACCAGUAGUUUACCAAGCAUUGGCGCCGGUGCCUUGAAGAACAGGGAGGAUCCUAAGGUACUGGGAACUACAAAGGAAAGCGGUCUUCUUCAAGCAGCGUCGCCAUUCUACAAGACGUUCGCAAUCGAGUGUUCCAGGGCUCAGAUGUCUGUGGAUAUGUUCUUGUUCAGCGCAGGUUACCAAGACGUGGCCAGUCUAGCUUGUCUUCCUCACUAUACCUCUGGACAAACUUACUACUACCCUGGAUUUAACGCCGGCCGCACGGAAGAUGCUGUUAAGUUUGCUCAUGAGUUUGGGGAGGUACUCGCGAUGCCGAUCAUGUUGGAGGCUGUUAUGCGUGUUCGUGCUUCACGAGGACUGCGCAUGGCUUCAUUCCAUGGCAACUUCUUCGUACGAUCCACCGACCUGCUCGCUAUGCCUGCUGUCCCCACAGACCAGAGUUACGCAAUCGAAGUUCAAAUCGAAGAAACCAUCACUGCGCCUUUCGUUGUUUUCCAGACUGCCAUCUUGCACACGACGUGUUACGGCGAGCGUCGCAUUCGUGUGGUCACGCAAGCGUUACCCACUACCUCGAACCUCUCAGAACUCUUUGCCUCUGCUGAUCAGGUUGCACUGGCUACGCUGCUUGCCAAUAAGGCUGUAGAGAGGACAUUGACGCAUAAACUGGAAGAUGCAAGAGAUGCAUUAUUCAACAAGGUGGUUGAGAUCUUGACCACCUACAAAGGAAGCAUGACCGCCGCUGGCGCUGGUGCAAGCGCACAGUUGGCAAUAGCUGAUAACUUGAAGAUGCUUCCUAUUCUUGUGUUGGGCCUUUUGAAGAAUGUUGGCGUUCGUCAAAGUGCACAGAUUCCUCCAGAUAUUCGGGCAUACUCUCAAGCUCUUUUAACCUCGCUGCCUGCGCAAUUGUUGAUCCCUUACAUCUACCCGACGUUCUACUCGUUACAUAACAUGCCUCCUGAGGCUGGAACGAUUGAAGAGAACGGUGUAAUCCUACCCCCCGCUUUGCCUUUGACCUCAGAACGCUUCGAGAGGCAUGGACUAUACCUCAUUGAGGACGGUCAAACGAUAUUCCUUUGGGUUGGUCGGGAUGCUGUACCCCAGUUGAUAAUGGAUGUCUUUAACCUCCCGGGUUAUGAUGCUCUGAGGGGAGGAAAAACAACACUCCCUGUAUUGGACAACCCGUUUAAUCAACGGGUGAACGCCAUCGUCAAUAAGACGCGCGAGAUGCGUCGUGGGGUCUAUCAUCCUCACUUGUAUAUCGUUAAGGAGGAUGGUGAAGCCCCGUUGAGACUUUGGGCACUCAGCGCUCUGAUUCAAGACAGAGCAGAUGUACUACCCAGUUAUCAUCAGUUCAUUACGAGUAUCAAAGAGAAGGUCAAUGGAAGUGGAGGCGGAUAUUAAUUUGUUUAAGGGUAUCGGUGUAAAUCGCCUAUGGAUGCAGAAGGCCAUAGUAAAGCAUAUCUCUCAUUAUUUUCCUUCUUCUCACUCGUACUACAGUGGCAUGCAUGAAUAUAUGCUAUCGCUACCAACUCGUUC